CCAACACUGCGCAGCAGAGCUGUCAAAGCAAACGGUUGAACUAUCUAACGACGGCGGACAGCACUUGUGUCUUAGUAGCCAGGUUCAUGGAAAACACAUGCUAAAUAAGAGAGAACUUGAUUUUUGCUAUCAUCUUUAUGAUUCAUGUAGGUAGAGCAGUUAGCUAGCAAGCUAAUGUUACCGUACUUCUUCGUUUGCUGAAUAACUUCUCGUUUGUUAGCAAACUUGAGAGGCUUCGUUGCUAACUUCUCGUCUUGUUUUGAUGUUGACAAACCAAACUGGCUAGCUAGACUAUUAUAGCAAGUUAACCUGAUAGCCACUCUAGCUCGUGCUUUUUUGUGCAUUCUAAGUAGAUAAACUAGCCUGAAACCAGCGUAUAAAAUGAGAUGGAAUUGAGUUUGGCCUGUCAUCUCAAGUUGUUGAAGAGUCCAUCUCAUCAUCUUUAUGACAAACGAGAAGGGCUGUAAAGGGUUGCCAAGCAGUUGUCGAAAAUGUGAUACAGUACCUUCACCGAGGAGACCCCCACAGAGUUCUCAGUGAAGAAGAGGCAAUGAUGGAUAGGAACAAGCGCAAUUCCAUCGCAGGCUUCCCUUCAAUGAGGCCGGACCGCUUCGAUGACGUUGACAGCGGAGUCGGUGUGGAAACGGCCCCGUCUCAGAUGGGAAGGGUGUGCCCCUCCUCGUACCGUGCCCUCAUCAGUGCCUUCUCCUGCCUGACACGCCUCGACGACUUCAUCUGCGAGUGGAUUGGCUCCGGCUUCUUCUCUGAGGUCUACAAGGUGCGCCACAGAGUGUCGGGCCAGGUGAUGGCACUGAAGAUGAAUAAACUGAGCAGCAACCGAGCCAACAUGCUGAGAGAGGUCCAACUCAUGAACAGGCUGUCCCAUCCCAACAUCCUCAGGUUCAUGGGCGUGUGUGUUCAGGAAGGCCAGCUCCAUGCUCUGACUGAGUACAUCAAUGGCGGGAACCUCGAGCAGCUGCUGGAUAGCAACAAGUCUUUGAGCUGGUCUGCCAGGAUCAAGUUGGCCUGUGAGAUCGCCAACGGCCUGGGCUAUCUGCACUCCAAAGGCAUCUUCCACCGGGACCUCACCUCCAAGAACUGCCUGAUCAAGUCAGAUGAGAAUGGCUACACAGCAGUGGUCGGGGACUUCGGUCUUGCUGAGAAGAUUCCUAACCAUGAUUCUGACGGGGAGAAGCUUGCUGUUGUGGGCUCACCCUUCUGGAUGGCCCCUGAGGUCCUGAGAGACGAGCCCUAUGAUGAGAAGGCUGACGUGUUCUCCUACGGAAUAGUCCUCUGUGAGAUCAUCGCCCGGAUACAGGCCGACCCCGAUUACCUCCCUCGCACUGAAAACUUUGGUUUGGAUUAUCAUGCCUUCCAGCACAUGGUAGGAGACUGUCCUUCUGACUUCCUGCAGCUGGCUUUCAACUGCUGCAACAUGGAUCCCAAGCUGCGGCCCUCAUUCCCCCAGCUGGUUAAAAGGCUGGAGGAGAUCCUGUGUAGGGUGAGGGCUGAAGAGUUGGAGGGCGAGUGUGUGGACGACAAGAAGCCCACCCUUAAAGGUCCAGGAGACAAGGUCCAGUCCAUUAAGAGGUUAAACUCGUUGGGAUUGCAGGACGACAAGAUCCCUCCCAAAUCCCCACGACCCCGUCGCAACAUCUGGCUCUCCCGCAGCCAAUCCGACAUCUUCUCCCGCAAGCCCGGCCGCAAGGUCAACGUCCACGACCCCUACUACAAUCCGGGCCCCAGGGCUGUGCCGGGUGCCCGCAAGAUCAACCCGUUCAGCGCCCGCGAGGACCUGUGCGGAGGCAAGAUCAAGUUCUUCGACAUGCCCAGCAAGUCCGUGUUCUCCCUCAUGUUUGACCUGCACUCUCCCCGAGACAGUAUGUUCUCCUCUGGGACCCAGACGCCCCCCGUCCACCCGGGCAUGUGGCAGGAGACCUGGUUCACCGGCCGGCAGUGCCGCUCCCUGCCCGCCUCCCCCCAGCUGGCCCUGGCGGAUGGCUUCUGCCCCGCGGCCUCUUGCCCUCUCUCUGCCACCACGUCCAGGUGCGACCCGGCCCAGCUGGGCCAAGACGUCAGGCAGAAGGUGCUCAACUCCUGGGCCAAGAAAUACGCCGUGAUGGAGAUCCCUCCGUACCGCGGGGGUAAGGAGGAGGCAGUGGAGGCUGAAUUGGAGGACAGCCAAGAUGAGAGCUGGUCUCUCACUCCCGUGCCCGGCGACAGCGCGGAGGCCAUGGACUGCUCCGGCAGCCGAGGGAGCCUCGUGGAGGAUGGGGACAAACCCUUCUGUCGCCGUGCGCAGGCCCACAACGGACGUCCGCCGGAGGAGCGCGUGGCCUCCGCGUUUGAGGACAUGGAGGCUGAGGACCAGGGGGGAGGGCAGCAGCAGCCCCGUCUUGCAGUCAGUCUCUGUCCCCCUCCAGACAAGGACCUCCUGGCUCCCAUCGUCCUGGUGCCCUGUACCGCCUCACGAGCCUCAACAGACCUGCCCUCCAAGUGUGACAUAUAGGCCUCCGACAGGCCACAGAAAGGGAGUCUUUCAACAGAGACAACCCUGGGAUUGUGAAGGAAUAAUGACGUGGCAACCGUCAUCCUGAUCAAUGCUCUACAGAUAGAGAUUAUUGUGUAAAUUGUUUUUGUAAUAUACUGAAAAAUAUGUAUAUUUUGUUUCUUUAAAAACAAACAUAAGACCAGGGGUCUCCUAAUUGUUUGAUGUUCUGCAUCUAUGCUGGUUAUGAAUCACUGCCUUCUCCUUGAUGUUCAAUGGUUUUAUUGUGAUCAUGUUGUCCCAUGGGGAAAUGCAUAGGCGCAGAUGUGUGUGCUUGUGACGGCAAAUAAUUAAAUGAAACACUCUUAACGGGGAGAAAGGGUUAGGGUCAGAAUGGAAAACCCAAAAUGGAAAACCUGCCUGCCGUCCUUCCUAACAUUGAGACCUCUGCCUUAAGCUUUGACUGGUUUUAUUUUUCUACUGGCCUUGUGUGCCUGCCAGAAGAGUCCGUCUAAACCAGAGUUGUACAGAACGGAUUUAGACCAUAUGAGAGUUCCAUUCAAUGAGUGGUUUACCAGACCAGUGAUGUCUCAUGACUCGACAUUUUAUUUGACAGACUUAAAAGUAAAACAAACUACAUACAUUGUGGUUAAAUGUACACACCUCCACCAGACAGAAAUGUGAUCCGUUUGCCCAAUUCUUUCAGGUCUUAGAGAUGACACUGUUUAUAGAAAUAUAGAUUACAUAGUUUCAUCAAAUCUUUUUGCUACUUCAUUAUAUCUGCUGUUCUGUCAUACAUAAUUACUUUAACGAGAAUGAUGACUGUCUGAAACACUGCAAUGAAAUCCUUGUCAUCAUAGCUUGAUUGUGUGGUUUUGGAAUGGGAUCCAUCAGGCUUAUGUUAAAUGUACCUUUUUCUUGCACCUACCAAGUUGGCAGAGCAGCUGUGUUGAAUAUGAUGGGGAAAAUCUUUUACUAGUUGACCAGGUUGGAUCUAGUUAUUUCACUGACACUUUAGUUUAUGACUGGCUUGGCACCAGUUGUGGUCUACUAAAAUACUCCAGUCAUUUGAUUAGUAAAUUGCACUUGAAAGGAAAACAUGUAAUGAGUUAACCUUCCCUGUCACUACAUUUCUAUGCAAUUAAUGGAACUCCAUCUGGAUCAUUUUCUAAAGGAAGAUCUGUCUUUAUGUCCCUACAGAACUAAAUUUAUUUGUCGAUGCAGCCUGAUAAAUAUUCAGAUGUUUGCCGAAGUUACGUAACUUUCUCUGUAUUUUUAAUUCUAUGUACUUUGACCGCAGUUUGAGCUGUUCUGUGGAAAUGUAUUGCUAUUAAACAAUGUAUUUCAACUUCAAAUCAGUGUUUGGAUUUGACAAUGUUUACAUUUUCCCAAAUCUGGAUUACAUUUCACCUUUUUAACAUGGUUGAUAAGAACAUAUAAUGUAUCCCCCAGUCCCUUUUAAAUAAAUAUUUAACAUUU